AUGUCAACACACUUAACAACCCCCCUCCGCACCGCAGCAGGCUACUACAAGCGCGCCUGGCGCAUUGCUCUCCGCGCCCGCCAUCCCAGGUGGAGCGAACAGGUUCUCAAGCGCAAUUUGGCGUGGCUUUGGGCGAGCCGUACGCAGGCUGAAGAGGCGGCUUGUGAGGCACUGGUCGCGGCGGGCAGUUUGAUGUUGCCGGUGGUUGAUUUGGGGAUCAUGCCGCAGAGGAGUGUGGGGAGGGCGUGGUGGCCGUCGAAGAGGAGGCAGGAGGCUUCUCCGGGGUCAGUUGGUGGUGGUGGUGGUGGUGGUGGUGGUGGUGGUGGUGAUGAUGAUGAUGAUGAUGAUGGGGGUAUUUGUACUGGUGGUGGUACUGCUGGCGAGACUGCUUUUGUUCCUGCUGUGGCUCCUAUUCCAGCUACGCGAAUAAACACAACCAGAUUCGCCUUUUGGCCACAGAUUGGGGAUAUCCAUGCCCCAAUACCCGAUAUAGGUGAAGGCGUAGAGAGUGUGCUCGAGGCUGGCACAUUACUCCCAGACUCAGACACUACAGAAGGUACAUGGCGCGGCGUGGCAACCGUGGGGGAAGGAGCAGCCGGGCAUGUUUACCUCUUCUGCAAAAUCGAUGCAGACAACCGCAUCAUCGACCGCAUGGCCAUCAAAGACUCGAAACCAAUGCAUCGUCUCAACUGGGUCAAUCCCACCUACUGGCGAGAUCGCCUUCCCAAGGAACUCGCCAUCCAGCAACGCCUCGCUGCGCAGGGCAUCGAGGGUGUCACACCUUUCCGUGGCCAUCGGCUGAACAUGACCGACAGGAGGUACCGCCAGUACUUUGACUUUUGUGACUACCGGAGCCUCGACGAUGUCCUGGUACGAUACUACCACCUGCAUGGCUCGCCAGGAGCACAAAUCCGGCGAAGACAACGCCGCAACAACCCCUCCAUGCCGGUGCCAGAGACCAUCCCGGAGCCAUUCAUAUGGCACGUAUGCCAGUCUCUUGUCAACACUCUUUUCCUCCUACGCGACGGCAACAACCAGCCACUCCCCAACAAUGAGGCCUGGAAACCAAUCCUCCACCUCGACAUCUGCCUAACAAGGAAUCUUCGUCGCGCCGGCCCGCGAUGCGGAUGGGAAACCACUGCACCCGCCCUAUGCCUCCACCCCCACAAACACUAG